CGGUGCGUCAGAUGGACCUCUGACUUCGGCACACUCAUUCACUGCUGUGUGUUAGCCUCUUCCUCGUUCCGUUGACGCAGGCGAGAUGGUCGUCGUGGACUCUGUGAUGUCCCUCAGCAACCACCAUGCUGUCGCCAUAGUUGGCAUCUCUGCGGAGCUUCCAAGCGGUACUGAAAACGAGAAAAACCUUGAUUUUGACUCGUUCUAUGACUUCCUCUUGCAAGGUAGAGAGGCAUAUGAAAAGAUACCCAAAGAACGCUUCAACAUACACAUGCUUCGUGGUACGGCAUCUGGUCAGAUAGUGACCGAUGCAGGCGCAUUCCUUAAACACAUCGACCUCUUCGAUCCAACUGAAUUCGGUAUCACGAGCAAGGACGCGAGACUUAUGAAUAUGGGUACCAGAAAGCUGCUGGAGACCACGUUUUUGGCGUUGCUCGACUCGGGCAUCGACUACAGAGGGCGGAACGUGGGGUGCUACAUGUCAGCGGUAGCUCACGACAUGUUUUCGAUUUCUGGACAUGAUGACACAGAAGCUCGAGGAGCAUUCUCCAGCGGUCCUUCUAUGGUAGCGAACCGUGUUUCCUAUCAUCUCGAUCUCCGCGGUCCGACUGUACCAAUCGACACGGCAUGCAGCUCCACGCUUUAUGCUACUCACCUCGCUGUGCAAGCUUUGCGGAAUGGCGAAUGCGAAGCAGCUGUUGUUGGAGGCUGCCAGCUCAAUCACAGGUUCACAGAGUGGCUGAUGUACACACAAGGAGGCAUUCUGUCUCCCGACGGGAAGUGCAAGCCAUUCGAUGUUUCUGCCAACGGAUUUGGACGUGGCGAAGCAGUCGUGACAAUCGUGCUUAAGCCUCUCGAUGCUGCGCUCCGCGACCGUGACAGAAUAUAUGCCAGUAUUCUCGGAACCGGUACCAACUCCUCAGGCUCGCUAGCACCUGUGAAUGCGCCUGUUGCGUCCGCACAGCAGGAUGCUAUGUUGCGUGCAUUCGCACAGGCACAGCGGUCUCCGAAGGAAGUAGACUUCAUCGAGUUACACGCAACUGGUACGGCCUCUGGGGACCCAACCGAGGCAAACUGGGCAGGCAUCCAGUUCAGAAGAGAUACGGAGCUUCUGGUCGGGAGCGUCAAAGGGAACAUUGGCCAUACCGAGAUCACUGCGUUCCUCUCGUCGCUCUGCAAAGUUUGCCACAUCAUCGAGCACGGCGUAAUCCCGCCUACCGUCAACUUCUCCGUGCCUAACCCGGCCAUCCGAUGGAAGGAGCACAACAUGCGCGUGCCAGUUGCUCCCGAGAAGCUUAGCAUCCGCUCUCCCUCCGGCCGCGCACUCAUUGCGAUGCCGAGCUCGGGGAUUGGUGGGGCCAACGGCCACUGUGUCAUCGAGGCGCAUGCUUCCAACACGGAUGGCGUGCCACGUAUGUGGUCGUGCGAGAGGUCGAUUAUCCCCUCGCUCCUCAUUGCCGGCGGCCUGUCGCCGCGCUCUACUUCGGCUGUAGGCGAAUCGCUCAAGAGCAUCUCGGCCGAUCGUGAUCGCACGCGCGUGGGUCGCGCACUCGGUCGUCGUGUGCGCUCCAUGCUGUGGAAAGCGUACUCUGUUACUCCCGAGGGUCAGAUCCCUCGCUUCUCGGAGCCCGUGCUCACGCCGAAGGUCGCGCCGGAAGUUGUCUUCGUCUUCUCUGGGCAGGGCCCUCAGCACUGGAACAUGGGCCGCGAGUUGUUUGGGACAUGUGUGCCGUUCCAUGACACCGUGGUGGAGCUCGACCAAGUCUACGCCGCCGUGACGGGCAAGUCUCUGAUCAAGGACAUCGGCCUCUUCGACGAGUCCGGCGUCCCUGAUACCCUAGGGGACGUCUGGCCGAUCUCCAUCACUCUUCCUGCGCUGACGAUCCUCCAAAUCGCCCUCGUCGAUACCCUGGCUGCGAUCGGCAUCAAGCCAGAUGUAGUGGUUGGACACUCGGCAGGCGAGACGGCGGUCGUGUACGCGUCCGGCGCGGCUUCAAAGGCGAUGGCAGUCGAGCUUUCCAUAGCUAGAGGUGAAGCGAUGGCGGCACUGGAAGCACAUGAUGGGACCAUGGCGGCUGUGGCCUGUUCCGCUGUGCGGGCGAAGGAGAUCAUCGACGAGGUCGUCGCAGAGCUCGGCCCCGCUGCCCUGGAGGUUGCGUGUUUCAACGCUCCGAACGCUGUUACGCUGUCUGGCUCUACGAAGCACGUCGUGUCGGCGGUAGCUCGGGCGAAAGCGGCCGGUAUCCUGGCGACUCGUCUGCGGACGCGGAUCCCCGUUCAUUCGUCGAUGAUGACGCUCUGCCAAGCAGAGUAUGAAGGACGGGUCGAGGAGGUGUUCAAGAAGUACGCCGUCGAACCCACGAAAGUCGAGGCAUACUCGGCUCUGUCUGGCGACAUGCUCACUACGUCUUACGAUGCUCGCUACUUCUGGGACAACACUGUCGGACCAGUCAUGUUCGAUCCUGCCGUGAAAUCUAUACGCAAUCGACACCCGCAGGCGAUUUUCGUUGAACUCGGACCUCAUCCGGUUCUCUCGGGCUAUAUCACUGCGAUCGCGGGGCAGGGAUCAACGGCGCUGAGUCCGCUGAAACGAUCCAAGUCUUCUGAGAUUGGCGAACUGACGCCGUUCAUGGACUUCGUUGGACGGCUGGUGUGUGCAGGCUAUCCUGGAGUGGACAUGGAUGUGCUGUACGGUACGGCGGAGAGUGCAGGCGCGGCCAUUCCGCCGUAUCCAUUUGCGCGGAAGGAGGUCCCAUACGUCGCCCAAACGUUUGAGAUUAGUAGACAAAGACAGGCGCGCCACGGCCCUCUGAACUAUCCUCAACUACGGAUCAACACACAGACGCAUCCCGGCCUGGCAGACCACGUCAUCAAGAACGAACCGAUCAUGCCUGCAGCGGGAUUCUUAGAAAUGGCACUCGAAUUUGGCGCGAAAAGGCUGUGGGAUGUACAGUUCUACUCGAUGUUGUCUCUUUCUGCGGAACGUCCGACGCCUGUCGACGUGAAGCUAGAAGGCUCACAGUGGAGCGUUCGUAGCGCUGCGGCGACAAACUUUACUAACACAUGGCCGCCGACUUACAACCGUGUACAUGCAACUGGCUAUCUCUCUGUGGAAAGCGAACUCGAUGCGGAUGCCCCUGUGGUGCCCCUGGACGACAUACGCGCUCGGUUGAAGAAGCUAGAGAUGAAGAGCUUCUACAGCAACCUCGGUUCAUUCGCUAACUACGGUCCCACGUAUAGGCGAGUGCUCUCUUGUUACCACGGGAUCGACGCCUCUGGGCUGGAGGAGCUUCUGGUUCAGAUUCGCGGGGCAGAAGAUGACUUGGAAAACCUUUCGGAGUACCGACUGCACCCCGCGAUCUUGGACGCCGCUCUCCACGCGGCGGUGCACCCGUUGAUUACUGGAGCCAUUGCUCAAGGACACUAUUACUUGCCUUCGAAAAUCGGCACGCUGGUUACUCAUGAAGCCCUCGCUGAAGGGAUUCCUAGGAUGGUCUAUGCUCACGGUGUGUUCGUCAAAUGGGCGCCAGAUUCACUCACAUACGACUUCACCCUCACGAAUGAGCACGGCCUGCCACUAUGUACGAUUAAGGCACUUGAGGUGGCUGCUCACGGGCGAGUGCCACUAGUAGUCCAGAACCGCUACGAGAUGGUGUAUCGCCAACUGAACAUCCGCCUCUCCAAUCCUUCGGAGAUGUGCGAUGACGCGGCAGGCAUUCAGACAACUGCGACUAAAGACGAGUCACCUAAAGAUCAACCGGACCAGUUUCUAAUCUUCCGACACCACCGAGGAGACGAGAUGACCCUCCAACAAACAAUCCGCUCGCUGGAUCCGCCCGCCAGAGUGUCGCUUUGCUUCAUCGCACCGGAAGGGGUAGAUGGCGAUGCAAUGCUCGGCUUUACGAGGUCUCUCCGCAAGGAAUAUCGAUCGUGGCGAGUGUUCUGCGUCGUCUUCUCCUCGUCUUGGCUUCCGGAAAAGUAUGAAGAGACCGCACGGUCCCUUUGUGCACAUCCAAUUGCAGAGGAGGAAAUGCUUGUAGACGAGGACGGGUCAGUCCACGCUCCCAAGGUGGUUCCGCUGUCUGCGCCUAGACGGAUCACAACCUUUGACCCUGGGCGGCCAUGGAUAUAUCGGGAUUUCUCUUUCUCUCAAGUGUCUACACCAACUGUGCCCACUAAUUAUGCCCUUGUCCACGUCACGGCCGUGUCAUCGGACACCACUUCGUACUGGGCGUUCACCGGACAUGUGGAUGGCUCAACCAGCACCUACAUUGGUAUCACACCAGGACCACUUACCAACUACGUCGUCGCCCAUCGUGGGAGCCUGUUGGAGCUGACAAGUGUUCAAGAUCUUCGCCGAGGUCCCCACGCGCUCGCUGCAAUCAUUGCCGUGCUAGCCAUUGGACCUGCCAAUUUCAGCGACCCGCAGCGAUUGGAGGACACGUGCAUCCUAGUGACACACUCGGAUACCUCAAUUGGACACGAUGUCUGUCGAUUCUACGAGAGCCGUGGGUUGCAUGUUGUGCGCCUUCCGUCACAGGCCAGCACCUCAGAAACCAGGCAGAUACUCGCUCGGCGACCGAGAUAUAUUGUUUCCGGGAGGCUGCGGGCGACCGACAAUGAUGUCAACAAGACCUUGACUCGUCUGCGAUCAGAAAAGGUUUUCCAGUGGGACGACCCGAGUACCGGGCUGGACCGCAUUCUUACCGAGGAUCCAUGGGUUAUAGGCGACGCGUUGAGGCUAGCGCUGUCUCAUCCUGCCGACUUCACCGAAGUGUUUUCUCCUCCGAUUGAGUUGCUCGGUGUAGCACCGCCGGCGGAAGUGCCAUCACAUAUGAGAAUCUUCGAUCCAGAAAAAGCGUACGUCUUGAUAGGGGGGAUCGGGGGGCUUGGGUUGCACAUCGCAUAUUGGAUGUACAAGAAUGGCGCACGCGAACUCAUCCUUACCUCCCGCUCAGGUACGGCCAAUCUUGUGCUAAAGGACGAAUUCAUCGCUUUGCGGCUCUUGGCGUAUCUGCAAACAAGGGACGACUUGGUGCUCCGUACGGAGGCCAUCGACGCGUCGUCUCUCGAACAUACGAAGGAACUGGUGACCUCGAUCGAGAAGCCGGUUGGCGGAUGUAUGAUCAUGACUGCCGUUCUGAUCGAUCGUACCUUCGUCAUGCAGACGCCGGAGACAUUUGAGGCACCUUUCACGGCUAAAAUGAGUGCAUUUACUGCUCUGGAGAAGGUCCUCGACAUAGGCUCACUGGACUUCCUGCUUGCCUUUUCCUCCGUUGCGGGUAUGACAGGGAAUGCAGGGCAAACAAACUACUCUAGUGCAAAUACUGUCUUGACAGGAUUGACAAGACGCUACAGGAAUGCCGCAACUAUUGUCCCACCGAUGAUUAUCGAUACUGGCUUGUCACUCACCAUGGCGGCUACUGACAGCACAAAAUGGUCGCGCUACAGGCAUCUGAGCUCUUGGGCUAUGACAUGUGAAGAGCUCUGUGAGUGCAUCGGCGAGGCGCUGCUGAAGCUUCGUGAAGAUCCUCUGUGGCAGUACAUCCCAGCCUUCGAUUGGAGUGUUGUACAGAAGCAUGCUGGAUCCUCCUCGCUCUACGACCACCUUGUAGCGGAGACAACGUCCAGUAACACAGACGAAGUGUCCGUGGACGCUUCGGAACGCAGCACGGGCGACAUCAUCUGCGCAGUGCUUGAUAUCGAUCACGAAGACCUUUCACCGGACGUUCCUCUCACAGCUUAUGGCCUGGACUCUCUGUCAGCCACGGCACUGUCACACGCUCUCACACCGUACCUGACCGUCUCUCAGCUUCAGCUUCUUGCCGACAUCACACUAGCUGAUCUUGAGCAACUCCGUGAAGAGAACUCAGGUUCGACAAUCCCACACCAUAUUAGCGUCGAGGACCAAUCUGCUGUGGCCAUCGACUUGGACGAGCCCGCAAAGGCGAAGGUGCAUGAAAUGAUGUAUUUGCUGGAGAAGUACUCAUCUGAUCUGCCGUCGCGGGGCAUCACGACGAGAAUCAACGCGGGUAAGACUGUGCUACUGACGGGCGCAACAGGGAGCAUUGGGUCACACGUACUCGCGUACCUACUAUCCGACGCGUCGUGGGCCAAGGUAUUCACCAUUGUCCGUCGUGACCCAUCAGGGAAGUCGGCAAUGGAUCGUUUACUAGGGACAUUCGACACCCGGGGCUUGGACACGUCUACUCUCCACUCGCAGAAGUUGGCGUUAUGGGAAGGUGACAUGUCACAGCCAACCUUUGAUCUAUCUUCUGUCGCGUAUGAGGAGCUGCGUUGCUCCGUGACUCAUAUCGUUCACCUUGCUUGGCCGAUUGACUUCCUCACGCCGUUGUCUGCACUGGAACCUCAUAUCCGCGGUGUGCGGAAUCUGAUCGACUUUGCGGCAUCGUCCGAAGCACAUGUCAAGAUUCUCUUCGCCAGUACAACAGGCAUGUUCAGACAACUACCCGAUCAUAAGCCUGUAGUAGAAGCGCUAGUCGAGGAUCCCUCAGUUGCCGUCGGCCUGGGCUACUUCGAGUCGAAAUGGGUUGCCGAGCGUCUUAUCACCUUCGCCGGGGAGAAGAACCUUUGGUCGCCUACCAUCGUGCGCAUCGGCCAGCUCAGUGGGAGUGCGAGCGGUGCAUGGAGGAUUUCAGAGUGGGUACCCUCGAUGGUGUCAGCCAGUUUUGCGUUGGGCUGUCUUCCGGACGCGUCUGGGACUGUCGCAUGGCUUCCUGUCGAUACUGCGGCAGCGAUCUUAGUCGAAUUCAUGGACAGCUCGAAGAAGGUUCUCCACCUGUGCCACCCACGGCCGGUGACGUGGACGCAGGUCUUCAACUACUUCUCAUUGAUCCUCGACCUUCCGCUCGUUCCGUACUCGGACUGGAUUACGCGACUCGAACGUGGGCUUGUGCUGAGCGAAGAUGCGAGCGCGAUGCGUUACCUGGAGCAUGGCCUACGUUUGCUCGACAUAUUCCGGUUUGCUGCGGAUGCGAAUGAACCUCGGCCAGAUGUGAUGGAGAAGCUGAACCACAGCGCGGAUAUCAUGCAUGGAUUAGAGGCAUCCCCGACGCUGCGCGAUGGAAGGAUUUCCGAGAUUGGCUUAGAUGACGUUCGCAGUUGGGUCAAUUACUGGCAAAGGGAGGGCCUCAUUCCGUCUACUUAUCCGGAGGUCGUGCACGUGGAAACAUCGUGAAGUGACGGUGGUAUUAUCUUGUAUCGGUCUAGACAACAAAGCACCAGGAAAUUCACUUGAUGUACGUGUAUGUAUGUGUAGCGCAGUGACUAGAAGAGGAAACCGAUCAAUGAAGUGGCUCGAGCGAUCUUGGGGGCACGAUACGUUGGGUGAAAAUCUUGAUGAAACCCUUGAAAGUAAAC